AAAAAGGAAAGUACCAAAAGUCCAAAAUGGGACGGAGUAACGCAUUUUCCAUGGGUCCACGUUGUCAUGGUUCAGUUACAGCGCGUAAAUGUGCAAUGUAUACUGGUACCAGUACAGAGUCCUAUAAUAAGCCACAACAUUGAUCGGCCUGAUUUACCGGCCAUAUCAUCAUCCGUCUCUCACCCUACGGCAGUGGAGCCGUUGAAAUUGCUUGUUUGCUGCAGGGUUUAAUAUUAUGGCAAGGAAGAAGAUCAGAGAGUAUGAUUCUAAGAGGCUUCUAAAGGAGCAUUUGAAACGUUUGUCUGGAAUCGACCUCCAGAUCUGCUCUGCUCAAGUAGUAGAAGCCACUGAUUUCUCUGAGUUAACCAACAAAGAACCAUGGAUUUCAUCCACAAAAUUGGUUGUUAAACCAGAUAUGCUGUUUGGGAAGCGUGGAAAGAGUGGGUUGGUGGCGUUGAAAUUGGAUCUAGCCGAAGUUGCCGAGUUUGUCAAAGAACGUCUUGGUGUGGAGGUCGAGAUCAGUGGCUGCAAGGCGCCUAUUACAACCUUCAUUGUUGAACCAUUUGUUCCCCAUGACGAGGAAUAUUAUCUUUCAAUAGUCUCUGAAAGACUAGGGUGUACAAUUAGCUUCUCAGAAUGUGGAGGCAUUGAAAUUGAAGAAAACUGGGAUAAGGUCAAGACAAUAUUCCUUCCAACUGAAAAGCUUAUGACUUUGGAGGCAUGUGCUCCACUAAUUGCUACACUUCCUUUGGAGGUAAGGGGAAAAAUUGGCAACUUUAUAAUGGGUGUGUUUGCUGUAUUUCAAGACCUUGACUUCAGUUUUCUUGAGAUGAACCCAUUUACGCUUGUUAAUGGUGAACCGUAUCCCCUGGAUAUGAGAGGAGAAUUAGAUGACACGGCCGCCUUUAAAAACUUCAAGAAGUGGGGCAAUAUUGAGUUCCCUCUACCUUUUGGGAGAGUUUUGAGCCCAACAGAAAGAUUUAUUCAUUCAUUGGAUGAAAAAACCAGUGCGUCUCUGAAGUUUACUGUCUUGAACCCCAAAGGACGGAUCUGGACAAUGGUAGCUGGUGGUGGAGCAAGUGUGAUAUAUGCUGAUACAGUUGGAGAUUUAGGCUAUGCAUCUGAGCUUGGUAAUUACGCAGAAUAUAGUGGAGCUCCAAAUGAAGAGGAAGUUUUACAAUAUGCUCGUGUAGUUCUUGAUUGUGCUACAACUGAUCCAGAUGGCCGUAAGAGAGCUCUCAUUAUUGGAGGCGGUAUUGCUAAUUUUACUGAUGUUGCCUCUACAUUCAAUGGAAUUAUCCGAGCUCUCAGGGAGAAGGAAUCCAAGUUAAAAGCUGCUAGAAUGCACAUUUAUGUUCGGAGAGGUGGGCCUAAUUAUCAAACAGGUUUGGCAAAAAUGCGUGCAUUGGGAGAGGAGUUGGGAGUUCCUCUAGAGGUUUAUGGACCCGAGGCUACAAUGACUGGCAUUUGCAAACGAGCAAUUGAUUGUGUUAUAUCCACAGCAUAGAUUUGAAAGUCUCUUUCCUUUUUGUUUUUUAGGCUUCUAUAUUUUCCGUGCUUCAGUCUUUCCAAACCAAAACUGACAGUGCAUUUUCUGAAAUCAUGAAACUUUUGCAAUAACAGAGAAGUUUGAAAAGAAUUGUUUGUCGGCAUUCGAUGGAUAAUCAUAUGUAAUAAUGCAAAUGACCUAUUUGCAACAUUAUCAUAAGUUAGACUGUUACUCUGUUAGAGCAGGAAAAAUAUGCUCCCAUUCUCAUUAUAUUUACAUUUUACUGCAUAAGAUCUUAUAUUCUCGACCCGGAAUCCUUCUUUUCACUUGAAAAAAGAAACGGGUGUGACACGAAACUUCGAGGUCUGGUUUGGUUUGGAAAAAGUUAGAGAAAACUGUCAAAUGGGUCUUACUACUCCUGUCAUAAAAGUUAAUUGGGUUCUCGUACUUCUACUUGAAUCAAUCAAGUCAAUCAAGUGUUAAACAACAAUCAAUUUUGCUAUUUAGCCGGUUGAAUAUAGAUACUGCUGGUUAAUGCUGACAUGGAC